AUUACAUCCGGGUCGGUCGCUAUAUUCCUUCCGCUGUACAUUUCAUAACGCUGAUCCAGGGAGAUCACGAAGAUAAGAUGUUGUCCUGUCUCGGCUGUCCCGUUCUUAGCCGGGUUCUGACCACCGGGGCUUCACGUGCCCCGGUAGCUGUGGUUGCAUGUGGUGCAUCACGCACUACUGUAGCAGCCAGCACUGCCUCUCCUCCAAAGACCACGUCACUGGUGCGGUACAACAGCAGCACAGCUCAACAGGAAACACCAAAGAAGACCAAAUUCGGACCUCUAGCUGACCAGGACAGAAUAUUCACUAACCUAUAUGGACGACAUGACUGGAGGCUGAAAGGUGCCCUGCAGAGAGGUGACUGGUACAAGACCAAGGAGAUUAUGGAUAAAGGAGUGGACUGGAUCCUGAAUGAGAUUAAGGUCUCAGGUCUGCGUGGCAGAGGAGGUGCCGGAUUCCCCACAGGGAUGAAGUGGAGCUUCAUGAACAAGCCCAGUGAUGGCAGGCCUAAAUAUCUGGUGGUGAAUGCUGACGAAGGAGAGCCCGGUACCUGCAAGGACAGAGAGAUCAUGCGUAAUGAUCCUCACAAGCUGAUUGAGGGCUGUCUGGUGGCUGGCAGGGCCAUGGGAGCACGUGCUGCCUACAUCUACAUCCGUGGGGAGUUCUACAAUGAGUCGUCCAACCUGCAGGUGGCCAUUAACGAGGCCUAUGCAGCCGGGCUGAUUGGCAGGAACGCAUGCGGCUCGGGUUAUGACUUUGACGUGUUUGUGAUGCGCGGUGCGGGAGCAUACAUCUGUGGAGAGGAGACGGCUCUGAUUGAGUCCAUCGAGGGAAAACAGGGAAAACCUCGUCUGAAACCCCCUUUCCCUGCUGAUGUGGGUGUGUUUGGCUGUCCAACAACUGUUGCCAAUGUUGAGACGGUAGCUGUGGCACCAACCAUCUGCCGUCGUGGCGGCACAUGGUUUCUGAGUUUUGGCCGAGAGAGAAACUCUGGCACGAAGCUCUUCAACAUUUCAGGCCAUGUCAACAACCCUUGCACAGUGGAGGAAGAGAUGUCCGUUCCUCUGAAAGAGCUGAUUGAAAGACAUGCAGGUGGUGUCCGGGGUGGUUGGGAUAAUCUCCUGUGUGUUAUUCCUGGUGGCUCUUCCACGCCACUAAUCCCACGUCAUGUGUGCGACACCGUUCUCAUGGAUUUUGAUGCCCUCAUUCAGGCUCAGACUGGCCUUGGCACAGCUGCACUUAUUGUCAUGGAUAAAUCAACUGAUGUUAUUCGAGCUAUUGCUCGCUUGAUUGAAUUCUACAAGCACGAGAGCUGUGGGCAGUGCACUCCUUGCAGAGAGGGAGUGGACUGGAUGAAUAAUAUGAUGUGGCGCUUUGUGAAAGGCGAUGCACAGUCAGCAGAGAUUGACAUGAUCUGGGAGAUCAGCAAGCAGAUUGAGGGCCACACCAUCUGCGCAUUGGGAGACGGAGCCGCAUGGCCAGUUCAGGGACUGAUCCGUCACUUCCGCCCUUUAAUGGAGAGCAGAAUCGCAGACUUCAAACAGAAACAGCAGGCGCGUGCUUGAAAGCUUCAUAUCUGCGUCCUUUCUGGCUCAUCCUGUCACUUAUAGUUAUUUAAGCAAAACCGACAUGAUCUCUCGCUCACUGAUAUGUGAACGGCUGGCAUCCUCCUUUUGUUUCUCUUACAUUAUAUCAGGGACAUUAAAUAUUAGUCACCAAAUUCUUUGAACCUUAAAAUAACCAUGGUGAUAGAUUCAAAAUCUUACUUCUGAGUGAGGAUGACGCAUUAAAAAAAAGAGUGAAAACUGUUUGAGCAGAUGCAUCACUCAUUUACAGUAACUUGUAGUGAGUAAUGGUUAUGGUUGAUGUAAUUAUGUUAAAUCCCAUUACGAUGUUAAUGCCGUUUUUCUUGAUAAGAAAAUCUUACACUGUAUAAACACUUAUUUGUGGAAAUAAAGAGCCUAAAACUUGAAA